CACUGCUGGCAGCCAGUUCUCGGGCCAGCUGAGCGGUAGGGGCAUUGAACACUUGACGGCAUGAUGCAAGGAACCCGGGUUCACAUCUCGACUCCUGAGCGCUAGCGACUCACCCAAUACCAGGUUCAACGCUGGACGCCACCUUUCCCGGUCUUUUUCCGGUCGUCACGUUGUUCGCCGUUUCACAGACCUCAGAUUCCUCUUUUCUUGCUCGACUGCCCCGCAGUUGCCCACGCCGAGGCGCGGCCCCCUUGACCGACUCGCACGCCGAGACCAUGGACUUCCACUCGCUGCUGCGCAAAGCCAAGCAGGGCAUCGACGACCUCUUGCCAGGCGAGGAGAAGCACUCUCACACCCAUGACGGCCAUGAAUGUCACGAGGGCCAUUCCCACGCCGAGUACGGCACCAAUCGCUACUGCUCAUUCGCGCCCCAGAGCUCGGGGCAUGCCAAGUGGUAUGUCGACGGCGCCUCCUAUUUCUGGGCUGUGUCCAUGGCUCUUGAAGAGGCCCGCGAGUAUAUCUACAUCCUGGAUUGGUGGCUGAGUCCCGAGUUGUACCUGCGUCGGCCCCCUGCUCGCAAUGAGCGCUACCGGCUAGACCGCAUGCUCAAAGCCGCCGCUGAGCGCGGAGUGCGGAUCCAUGUGGUUGUCUACAAGGAGGUGCCGCAGGCGUUAACAUUGAACUCGAUACACACCAAGCACGCUUUGGAAGCCCUCCAUCCCAACAUCAAGGUCUUCCGAUACCCUGACCACUACGUCAGCGGCAACACCCUUGUCACGGGCAUCCAGGGCCUCUCCACCGGCCUGCAGAACUUCAGCCUGAAGACGUUCGACCUUGCCAGGGCUUCCGAGGAUGCCCUCAAAAGUCUCUACGGCACUGCCGAGGACACCGUGUUGUUCUGGGCCCAUCAUGAAAAGUUGUGCCUCAUUGAUGGAAGGGUGGCGUUUAUGGGGGGUCUAGAUAUGUGUUUUGGCAGAUGGGACACGAACAGCCACCCGAUCGCGGACGCUCAUCCUGGCAACAUCGAGGACAUCGUGUUCCCUGGACAGGACUACAACAAUGCGAGGAUCUAUGAUUUCGAGGAUGUCGACAAGUGGGAAAACAACAAGCUUGACCGGACCAAGAACUCACGCAUGGGCUGGUCGGACAUCAGCAUCAGCCUGUCAGGACCCAUCGUGGACAAUCUGGAAAUUCAUUUCACCCAGCGAUGGAACUUCAUCUUCAACAAGAAGUAUACCGCCAGGGACAUUGGCAAGUACCAGCGGCUUGAGCCGCCGCGCUCUCACCACCCGCAUUCUGGUGACCUCAUAGACGGCGGCCAGGAAUACCUCGGCGAACUGCAGAAUCGUUUCUCCCGUCACAUGCACCGCUUCCUCGGAGACGACGAGACAUCGCACAGGACUGAGCGGCGAACGGAGGGCGCCCAUAUCCAGCUGACUCGCAGUAGCUGCCAGUGGUCUCUGGGGAUCACUACGGAGCACUCGAUCGCCAAUGCUUACAUUGAGGCUAUCAAAAACGCCCGGCACUUUGUCUACAUCGAGAACCAGUUCUUUAUCACCGCCACGUCGGACAAGCAGAGACCCGUCACCAACAAGAUCGGCCGGGCCAUCGUCGACCGGAUCCUCCACGCCCAUCAGACCGGUGAGGACUUUCAAGUUGUCGUCAUGAUGCCUGCUGUGCCUGCUUUUGCCGGCGACCUCAAGUCCGAAGGGGCUCUCGGCACCAGAGCCAUCAUGGAGUUCCAGUACAACUCGAUCAACCGCGGCGGCUUCAGCAUCAUCGAAGCGCUGCGCAACUCGGGUGUUGAGGAUCCACACAUGUACAUAAACUUUUACAACCUGCGCAGUUAUGAUCGCAUCAAUACCAGUGCCGUCAUGGGGCGCGUUGAGCGUGAGAGCGGCGUCCGGUACGAGGAGGCGCGGCGACAGUACGACGAGCGCUUCGAAGGGUCCGGAUACGAGCGAGAUCAGCAGAGGUAUGGUGGCGAUUAUCCUGUUGAUUACGGCCGCGGUGAGAGAUACGGCGACGAUGGGUACGGUCGAGGUGACCGCGGGUAUGAAUAUGGUCGGGGCGGUGAGUAUGGCCGUCGGGACGAAUAUCGUCAACAGGAUGACUAUGGCCGGCAUGACCAGGACGGUCGCCAAGAUGACUACGGCCGCAGCAGUCAUCGGGACGACCGAUACCGCCGAUACCAAGAGGCCGCCAGCCACAUCUCUGACAAGACGUGGGAUACCGUCUCGGCAUGCUACAUGCAAAACGGCCCGGACCUGCGCAGCGUUCCGUGGACUGGUUCACCUGAGGACGAGCUCAACGCCUUCGUGUCAGAGCAACUGUAUAUUCACAGCAAGGUCCUCAUCGCCGACGAUCAGUUGGUGAUCUGUGGCUCCGCGAACCUCAACGACCGCUCCCAGCUCGGCAACCACGACAGCGAGAUCGCCGUGGUCAUCGAAGACCCCACGCCAGUUUCCAGCUCGAUGGGCGGACGCCCUUAUACAGCGUCUGCCUUUGCAACCUCGCUCCGCCGCCAGCUCUACCGCAAGCACCUCGGCCUGCUGCCCCACCAGCGGCCCGACGCCGCGGACCGCAAUUGGACACCGGUCACCCACGACCCGGUGAACGACUACGACUGGGGCUCCCCCGCCGACCGGCUGGUGCAGGACCCGCUGAGCAGAGAGUUCCUCGAUCUCUGGCGGACCACGGCGCGGCGCAACACUGAAAUCUUCAGCCGCGCGUUCCAUCCCGUGCCGAACGAUAAGGUGCGCACGUGGGAGGACUAUGAUCGGUUCUUUUCCAAAUAUUUUGUCGUUCCCGGCGAGCCGGCUGAGCAGGCGGCUGAGGGGUACAAGCGGGGCAAGGUUGACUAUGGGCAUGUUGUCCGGGAGGAAUUCCCUGGCGGUGUGGCGGAGCUGAAGGAGUGGUUGAGCGGCAUCAGGGGUAAUCUGGUCGAGAUGCCGCUGCAGUUCUUGACUGAUGUGGAUGACUUGGCGAAAGAUGGGUUGGCGUUGAAUACGCUGACGGAUGAGUUGUAUACGUAGUGGAAGGCAAGAUUGUCAAGCUGGGAUCCGGAUGCAAGGGAGAGAUAGUUAUAUCUGAACUGCUUUUACACAAGCCUCUUGGAGCGAAUCAUAGCAGGUUCAGUGAAAUGGAUCACGACGAAGACUCCUUUGCCUCGCGCUGCCCGGCAAUGUCCCCCAAAAGUCAGCAAGACUGUGGUUUGAGUGUCUCACAUGAUACAUUCAAAAGGUUUCUGCUGCUCCGCUAGGCGUCCCACGCAGUAGUAGUGGUAGAUCCGGAUGUGCUUGCACUCAGGGCCAACAGCAGGGUUCCAGCAGAUGAAAGUAUCGAACGAAAUGCCGUACUGAGAGGCAAUGUCGUUGCAGUCGAAAGCAAACGACACAGCUGGUCCCAUCAUAUUAAGUCAGACAUCACCCUGCCUUGAGCUGGAGGAACCGAAGUUGAGAGGC